AUGCAAUGGGUCGACACAGACGAAUAUCGGCGUGCCGCUGUCGUUGUCUGCUCAAAACCUGGAAAUAAAACUGGACAAAUGAUUGAUAAAAUUGUUGAAAUUGAAAAUGAUUUUACUCUUGGAAAGCACAGCAUUGCUCAGAUCGAGGGAUCGUACGGAAAAUUUAUCCACUGCAAAGAGAUAAAUAUUACCUGUAAAUAUCCUCAAGCCGUAAAUGGGGAUGAUGUCAAGAUGGUAUACUUCAUGCAUAGUGGUCAUCCAAUGGAAGGAACAUGUAAAAAAUAUGACACUUUCGAGUAUGGAUUGACACAAGUUUGGAAUUCUCUUGUACCCGCUAAAUCUUCUAAAGAACUUUUGGAUCCCAUGUCUGAAUACGAACUUUGUAAUUCUAUCGCAAUUGUUGGAAUGGCUUGCAAAUAUCCAGGUGCAAAUAAUAUUGACGAGUUUUGGUCAUUAUUGGAAAACGGAAUGGACGGAAUUAUACGCGUGCCAGAAUGGAGGUGGACUAAAGAUACUGCGAUUGUUACGAUGGAUGACGUCCGCAAAACAGAAGCUGGAUUUCUAUCAUUCCCUUUGGAUAUGUUUGAUGCAAAAUUCUUUAACACGAAUCAAGCCGAUUUGAAAUACCUAGACCCACAGCAGCGAAUUGCACUUAAAGUUGUCUGGGAAUCCUUAGAGCAUGCCGGCAUUGACCCAUCAUCGUUAAAGAAUACAAUCACCGGAGUCUUUGGAGGAUGGUGGAGAAGUGAUUUUAAAGAACUUCUGCAAUCCCAAGGAAUUUCAAAUGAGGACUUUUUGCGAAUAUACCUUGUGGUUGCUCUACGUCAGUCGCGGGAGUUGAUAUGGCUUGCGAUAAUUUGCGAAACGAAAGUUGCGAUACUGCAAGUUGGAGUAAACCUCCUUCUAAACCCGUUUAGUCUUGAUGGAGGAAUCAUGGAGGGUUUUCUUGCACCAGAUGGACGAUGUAAAACAUUCGACGCUGCUGCAAAUGGAUUUGGACGUGCUGAAGGUGCAGGUGUCCUGAUUUUGAAAAGGUUUCCUGAUGCCAUUUCCAAUGGUGAUAGGAUUUGGGGACUAAUCCGUGGAUCUGCAAUAGUUCAAGAAGGGACAUCCCGAAGUAUGGGGACACCAACUACAGCAGUUGAAGCAAAAUCUAUGCAACUUGCACUCGACCGUGCUGGAGUGGAUCCUAGAGACGUCAAAUUUAUUGAGACUCAUGGGACAGGCACACCCGUUGGAGAUCCUGUCGAAGUUGCUGCAAUUGCACAAGUCUAUGGCGGACGGAACGAGGAUAACCCAUUGAUCAUAGGUUCUGUUAAAACAAAUAUUGGACACACGGAAUCUGUUUGUGGAAUCGCCAGCAUUCAAAAAAUAGUGCUGGCAAUGAAAUAUAGCAAAAUACCAAAACAUCUUCACUUUAAUCAACUCAAUCCUAAUAUUGACAUUGCAUCAAUACCCGCAUUGAUUCCUGUGGAUCAGCUUCCGUGGAGAAAAAAUUGUUACGGAAGGCCACGAAUUGCCGGUAUAAACUCUUUCGGAAUUACUGGAGCUCAAGCACAUGUCAUUAUCCAGGAACCUCCAGAAACACAAAACUAUAACGUUUAUGCCUCUCGAGACGCCAGGCAACUUAGCAUGCUUACAUUUUCGGCAAAGACGGAGACUUCUUUAAUUGCACAGCUCAAUGAAUACACAAACUUUCUUAAAGAUUGUACUCAAAAUCUGGAAGAUAUUGAGUUUACAUUUUACGUGGUCGUUCUCAUUUUACUCAUCGCCUGA